AUUUCCCUAUAAGUACCCCAUGACCAUCUCCCACAUUCUUCAUUCACAAAACUUAAAAAUGGGAUCAUCAAGUGAUAUCACCUCCUUGGCUCUUGUUUCUCUCACGCUCUUAGCAAUGCUCCAUUCCUCCCAUGGUCAAAACUCCCAGCAAGACUACCUCAACGGCCACAACUCCGCUCGAUCAGCCGUCGGGGUGGGCCCCAUGACCUGGGACGCCAACGUGGCAGCAUUUGCCCAGCAAUACGCCAGCCAACGUGCCGGCGACUGCGCCCUCAAGCAUUCUGGAGGCGGAGGAAAGUACGGCGAGAACAUCGCCGUUGGAAGUGGUGACUUCACCGGGGCCGCGGCGGUGGGCCUGUGGGUUAGUGAGAAGGCCGAUUACAACCAUAACUCAAACACGUGCGCUGCUGGCCGGGUGUGCGGGCACUACACUCAGGUGGUUUGGAGGAAAUCGGUUCGUCUUGGGUGCGCUAGGGUUCGGUGCAACAGCGGGUCGUGGUUCAUUACUUGUAACUACGAUCCACCAGGCAACUACGUUGGGGAAAGUCCUUACUAGAGGCAUAAUACUUUUCGUCGCAUGUAUGAAUAAGUGACUAAAAAUGUACUGGAAAAAUAAAAUCAAUGGUACCAUUGGUUACUCUAUAUGGAGAUGAAAUAAACUAUAACAAGUUACUA